AUGACAGCAUCUCAUAAACAAAUUGUUGGAAAAUAUGAGUUGGGCAAAGUUCUUGCUGCUGGUUACUUUGAUUGCCGAACACGUCUCUGUACACAUAUUGUAACUGGAGCCCAGUAUGUUGUACGCAUUUAUAAUAAAGCAGUGUUAUCAGAGGCCCAAUGGAUGUGGAAUCGUAUUCGUGAUGCCAUUCAUGUGAUGCGAACACUUCCAAAGCAUGAGAAUAUUAUUGAAACGGCUGAAUGUUUUGAGACUCAAUCUUCUUUAUAUAUUCUUAUGCAAUUAUUUGCCCCAAUGCAUUUAACUAAACUUUAUACAAGUGAAACCUCUAGUGGUCAACGAACUUCUUUUCCUAUAGAGAAAACAAAACACUAUUAUGCUCAAGUUGUACGUGGAUUAGUGCAUAUGCAUAAUCGCAAUGUAGUACAUCUUGGAAUAGCCCCAGAUCAUAUUAUGGUAAAUGAUCGUGAUCAAGUUAAGAUUGGUUAUCUUGUAUCUUGUAUGUACUUUACAAAAGGAAAACCUUGUAGAGAGAUUCGGGGUACAACGCAUACAGUAGCCCCAGAAGUAUUAAGGAAUGAGGGAUAUGAUCCUUAUCUUGCAGAUGCCUGGUCUAUGGGAGUUUUAUUGUAUUUUAUGCUUCAUCAUGGUCGUUAUCCACAUGAUGGGGCAAACACAACAAAGAAUAUUUUAUAUAAUCGUGUUCGUCCACCAGAUCCAAGUCUUCCAGCUGAGGCGAAGGAACUUAUUACUUGGCUUAUGCAUCCUAUUCCCUCACGUCGAUUACGGGUAGAACAGAUAUUAACACAUCCAUUUUUCUUAAAAGAUUACGGUGAAACAUCCACACAGGAGAGGAAUAGUAAUAGUGGUAAUGGAGUCUCCGUAGCGGAGACAGAUUAUAGUCUUGAUCCUGCUACGGGUGAACACACUGUGAAUAUUCGAGUUCCAUUUGGUCUUAGUCGACAAGAGGAAGCUGCAUAUAUUAUUCAACAUACAUACCGUGCCUAUCGUUCCCGAAAAAUGCGGGAAAUUCAAAAACCAUAUUCUAUUAUGAUGAAUAAUAAAUCCAUUCAUUCUGUACCUGGUGAAUAUCUACAUACUGGACCAAGAGCUGGACGUCGUUCAUUACCAUCCUUUUUAAAAAUAGAUGAUGUUUCAUACGUGGAUGAUCGUGGACAAGGUAGUAAACAGAGUGAAUAUCAUCAUCAUCAACCACAACAACAACGACUUUCUAGAGUUAUGCAGCCAACACCAGAGUUACCACAGUUUGAGGAACCAAAUGUGGAUGAUCUUGCAGAUGAGGCUGUGGCUGAACCCGAUAGUCCUAAUGCUCUUGGUUGUCAUAACUCUGUAGUGAUUAUUAAUAACAGUCCAGAAGAGGGCCCCUCACCCACACAUUCACCCACAUUAAUGGAUCGAGGUCCAAGAAGAUCAAAUGUACGUUUUUCAUUACCUGCACGUUCUCUACGAGGGGAAGGUGGACUCGGUGAAAUGAGCUCCGGUGUGAGUAGUAAUAAGACGAUAGAUGGAAAAGGCGAAGAGACAACUAUUGGACGAGGGAAAAAAACAUCUAUGGUUCGAUUAGAUGCGCAUGCCACUCCAAAUGAUUUGUCUGUUAUUGCCGCUAUGGAGUUUGGAACUCAUAUGAAAGUAGAUGCAACUCGGCCCUGUCCAUUAUGUAAUCGACUGCCCAUGCAAAGAGUGUGUGGACGUGAACCAUACAAUAAAACAUCCUACGUAUACCGAAAAGGAGAAUUCACUGUUCGUGAUGAAGAGGAAUUCUAA